UAAUUAUCUGAAAAAUAUUACAGAAAUUCGACUCCCCAAGGACAAGAUUCUCAAAAGAUGGCGUAAAGCACAAUCCCGGGCUAAUUUUGAGGCCGCCCGAGCCGCCAUCAUCAAUUCCCUGAAAACCAAAUUCGGCACAGAAACUAACACUAAUGUCAAAGUAAUCCCUACAAUUAUUACCGAAGACAAUGCUGAAACAUCAAAUCUGAAUGUAAAUCGUGAUAACGCGACGCAGACAAUUUUGAGACUUUUGCCUGCGAGGGAAGGUUUGACAACGCCACGGAGCGCUCGGGCUCCGGUGGCGAGGAGGACUGGGACGCUCCCACAUCAGCGAUUAAAAAGGGAGAAAUCGCUAGAGAGUCCACCUGAGAUGGAUUCCCCAGGCGGCAGCGUAAGCAGUGACUUGCGCCGUCAGAAUGAUGAGCUUCGCGCUCGUUUGGCCGGCGAAACAGCGGACCAUAGGCGUCGGCUUGAUGCAUACCGCCGCGCGCAGCAAGGGCAGGCAGCGUUGGUAUCGAGACUCCAAGCAAAGGUGCUACAAUACAAGCAGCGCUGCUCAGAGCUGGAGCAGCAGAUGCAGGAGACGACGCCACGCAGCGACAGCUACCGCGCGAAGCCUGCGUCCGCCAUCGCGGCGGCCGCUCUGCCGUCCGCUUCUAGCUCGGACACUCGCCGGGACGAGCGCAUCGCUGAUCUGGAAACGGCUCUGAGGCGGUUGGAUGAGGAGAAAUGCAAGUGUGAAAAGCUGGUGAACCAGAAUAACCUGCUCCGAGAUCAGCUAGAGGAGUCCCACCAGCUGAAUGAGGCAUUAACUAAUGACUUGCAGAAGCUCACCAACGACUGGGAGGCUCUCCGGGACGAGAUGACUGUCAAAGAGGACGAGUGGAAAGAUGAGGAACAGGCAUUCAACGACUACUACACCAGCGAGCACAACCGUCUGCUUAGCCUCUGGCGCGAGGUGGUCUCCGUGAAGCGGUUCUUCUCCGAGUUACAGUCGACCACGGAGCGCGACCUGUAUCGAGUGAAGACUGACUUCGAGUCGGCCACGCGCGAGCUUGUCGGCACGCUGAGUGGGUACGCUAUUAAUGCGUAUGCACAGGGAGUAAGGCCUCAAACCGAGCACCACUCAACGCCAGGCGUGACGUUAACACCGAACAUAACAGUGGAGACUUUGCGAAUAGAUUUGCGUGAAGUGACGUCACAGCGCGACGCGGCGCAAGCCGAGCUGCGCGAGCGAGACGCGCGCAUACAACGGCUGCUAGGGGAGCUGCAGGGAUUGGAGGAACGUUACGAGGUUGCGGAAGCUAUGUGUUCCGAAGCGAACGCCAUGCGAUCCGCGUUGGAAGAAGUGGCUCGAGCGCUCAUACAGGACUCCGAGGCUGAUGUGCCGUCGCAACAUCUUCAUAUGGCUGAUAGCAGCAGGUCCCCGCGUCGAGGAGUGUCGCAGGCGGCCAACGCGACAGCGUUCGCGGAGAGCACCAUCUCGGCCGUGCAGGCCGCCCUGCACAAGUACCAGAUACAAAUACACGAGCUGCAGGUGAAACUCCAGAACACGCGGGAGCAACUGUCGACGAGCCGCAAGCACUGCGAGGCCGCCGACGCCAACAUACUCACGCUGGAGAACAAGGUGCACGAUCUGCAAGCUAACCUGGAUCAGGCGAACACGGACCUAAACCAGCUGGUACAAGACAAGGAGUCGCUGCAGAAGUCUGUGGAGUCUCUGCGCAUUGACAAAAACAACCUCGAGAGGAACCGCGUAGAGAUAAAUGCCAUGGUGGAGUCAUUGACGUCAGACUACGAAAAGCUUCAAAAAAUCAACGCGCGUUUAGAGAAGACGAUCGAAACGCUAGAGACCGACAAGCGAAAUCUGAACUCGGAGUUGGACCAUCUACACCGCGAGUCUACCAACCGAGAGUCCAUAUUGAGGGCUGAAGAGGAACGUUCAUCUCGGCUGCGUUCAGAACUGGUGACCGUUCGUGAGGAGCUCAACAAGACCUCGCUGGGGCGCGACCUGCUGGAGCAGCAGAAGAUAGAAACGGACUCCAUCAUGUCGCAGGUGGAGAAGCACAGGAAUGACUUGGAAGUAGAGCUUGAGAGAACGCUACUAGAGAGAGGUGACCUGCAAGAUCUGGUAGAUAAGUUGCAAGCGGCUAUAAGAAAUCUUGAAACGGAUAAGAAGAAAUUGCAUGAAGAAGUCAAACACCUUGAAGACGAAAAAUCCUCCCUAUCGAAUCAGUCCUCGGAACAACUGGGCGAUCUGAACUCUCUGCGCAAGGAGCUGCUCGCGGCCGAGCAGACGCGUAUGGAACUCGAAGCUGACAAGUCGUCCUUGCACGAGAAGAUCCAGUUCUUGGACCAGGACAGGGAGAAGGUCGAACUGGAGCUGCGGCAGGUGGUCCGAGAACGCGGCGAGCUAAGCUCACAGCUGACGGCAGUGGUGCGCAAGAAGGAGUCGCUCAACGAAGAAAUCAUGCGACUGCAACAGCGACUCGAACAGGCCAGUGAGACUAUCGGCCGACUCAACCGUACCCUCGAGGACCACGUCAAGGACGCCGAGGAGAAACAGAUAGUCAUAGACAGUCUGGACAAAGACAAGCAGCAUCUACAAGAGCAGUUAGCCAGCGUCCGCGCCGAGAAAGAUGCGUUGGAGGCCGUACUCUUCGACACGGCGAAUAUGUUGGACGACGCGGAGGCGCGUCGAGCUAAACUCGACCGCGAACUGCAGGACGCGAUGGUUCAGCAGGAGAAUCACAAAGGUCAAAUAGCUCGUCUCACCAAAGAACUGGAGAGCAGCGAGCGCAAGCUCCGCGAAACGAAGAGCUCCAUGCAGCAGUCGUCCGGGAAAAAAGAAGCCGAGUACCAGAGCAUCAUAACCAACAUCAACCGCACGACGGCCGAGAACAUCACCAAGCUUAAGGAAGAAAAGGAACAACUUCGUCAAACUCUCGAGCAAAAGCUAUCCCAAACGAUAGCAGCGCUAACGAGCGAGAAGGAAGCUUGCGAGGCGGGCGCGCGCGAGCGAGAGAAAAAGCUACUGACACAACGCGAUCAGCUUAUACUGCAGCACGAUGAAGCGAUGUUGCGAGCCGAGAGCGACAAACAACAGGCUUUGAUUAUGGCUCACCAAGAGCAACAAGCACUGCUAGAACGCCUAGAAGAAGCGAAGCGUGUUGUAGAUUGUUCUCAGAACAAACUAGAACGCGUGAAGCGAGACGCUGCUGCGCGCUCUGACCAGGACCGCGGACACAUCAACCAGUUGAAAGAUGAGCUGGCUGCGCUAAGGACUCGCCUUGAGGAGGCCAAGGCGGCAGCAGAAGAUGACUGCGCCCGCUUCGAGAACCGCAUCAAGGAACUUCACCUAGAGAAGGAGGCGAGCAACCGCGAGUGCCAGGAGGUUCGCGCGCAGCUCUCGUUGGCUGAAGACAAGUAUGACAACGCGUACACGCAGCUGCAGGAUACUAUUAGGAAGCUGAAAGAACUGGAAAACGAGUCCGAAAGUCUCCGCAAGGAGCUGACCGACGUGCGCCGCCAGCUCAGCAACUGCGCGGCCGAGCGCGACAAGUACAACAGCAGCUGCCGCGAGCUGCGCGAGCACGUGAAGCGCGCCGAGCACGAUCGGCGCGAGGCGGCGCGCGCGCGCGACGAGGCCGUGCACAGCGUGGCCAGUGAGUGUUUGUCUUGUUGUACCUCUCCAGCUCGGCGACUGCGCGGCCGAGCGCGACAACUCGGCGACUGCGCGGCCGAGCGCGACAAGUACAACAGCAGCUGCCGCGAGCUGCGCGAGCACGUGAAGCGCGCCGAGCACGAUCGGCGCGAGGCGGCGCGCGCGCGCGACGAGGCCCUCGGCGACUGCGCGGCCGAGCGCGACAAGUACAACAGCAGCUGCCGCGAGCUGCGCGAGCACGUGAAGCGCGCCGAGCACGAUCGGCGCGAGGCGGCGCGCGCGCGCGACGAGGCCCUCGGCGACUGCGCGGCCGAGCGCGACAAGUACAACAGCAGCUGCCGCGAGCUGCGCGAGCACGUGAAGCGCGCCGAGCACGAUCGGCGCGAGGCGGCGCGCGCGCGCGACGAGGCCCUCGGCGACUGCGCGGCCGAGCGCGACAAGUACAACAGCAGCUGCCGCGAGCUGCGCGAGCACGUGAAGCGCGCCGAGCACGAUCGGCGCGAGGCGGCGCGCGCGCGCGACGAGGCCCUCGGCGACUGCGCGGCCGAGCGCGACAAGUACAACAGCAGCUGCCGCGAGCUGCGCGAGCACGUGAAGCGCGCCGAGCACGAUCGGCGCGAGGCGGCGCGCGCGCGCGACGAGGCCCUCGGCGACUGCGCGGCCGAGCGCGACAAGUACAACAGCAGCUGCCGCGAGCUGCGCGAGCACGUGAAGCGCGCCGAGCACGAUCGGCGCGAGGCGGCGCGCGCGCGCGACGAGGCCGUGCACAGCGUGGCCACGCUCGAAGAAAACCGAUCAUCCUUGGAGCUGGAGCUCUCACGCCUUCAGAAUAUGCUGAAGGAAUCUGAAACGGGCGGGGAACAUGUGACACGAGAGUUGAGAGCUACCGAGGCGCAGUUGAAGAGAGAACGCGUCGCGCUGGAGCAAGCCAACCAUGACAUAAAGGAGCUUCAGUCCAGACUUCAGAACGAGGGCGAGGAGCGGGAGAGGACGGGUAACGAGGCGGCGGCGGCGCGCCGACACGGCGCCGAGCUCGAGGCGCUGCUCGGGGCCGCGCGCGCCGACCUCGCCGCCGGCCGGCAGCGCGGCGCCGAGCUCGAGGAGGCCUGCCGCGCCAGGGACCAGGUACUUACACACGGCGCCGAGCUCGAGGCGCUGCUCGGGGCCGCGCGCGCCGACCUCGCCGCCGGCCGGCAGCGCGGCGCCGAGCUCGAGGAGGCCUGCCGCGCCAGGGACCAGGUACUUACACACGGCGCCGAGCUCGAGGCGCUGCUCGGGGCCGCGCGCGCCGACCUCGCCGCCGGCCGGCAGCGCGGCGCCGAGCUCGAGGAGGCCUGCCGCGCCAGGGACCAGGUACUUACACACGGCGCCGAGCUCGAGGCGCUGCUCGGGGCCGCGCGCGCCGACCUCGCCGCCGGCCGGCAGCGCGGCGCCGAGCUCGAGGAGGCCUGCCGCGCCAGGGACCAGGUACUUACACACGGCGCCGAGCUCGAGGCGCUGCUCGGGGCCGCGCGCGCCGACCUCGCCGCCGGCCGGCAGCGCGGCGCCGAGCUCGAGGAGGCCUGCCGCGCCAGGGACCAGGUACUUACACACGGCGCCGAGCUCGAGGCGCUGCUCGGGGCCGCGCGCGCCGACCUCGCCGCCGGCCGGCAGCGCGGCGCCGAGCUCGAGGAGGCCUGCCGCGCCAGGGACCAGGUACUUACACACGGCGCCGAGCUCGAGGCGCUGCUCGGGGCCGCGCGCGCCGACCUCGCCGCCGGCCGGCAGCGCGGCGCCGAGCUCGAGGAGGCCUGCCGCGCCAGGGACCAGGUACUUACACACGGCGCCGAGCUCGAGGCGCUGCUCGGGGCCGCGCGCGCCGACCUCGCCGCCGGCCGGCAGCGCGGCGCCGAGCUCGAGGAGGCCUGCCGCGCCAGGGACCAGGUACUUACACACGGCGCCGAGCUCGAGGCGCUGCUCGGGGCCGCGCGCGCCGACCUCGCCGCCGGCCGGCAGCGCGGCGCCGAGCUCGAGGAGGCCUGCCGCGCCAGGGACCAGGUACUUACACACGGCGCCGAGCUCGAGGCGCUGCUCGGGGCCGCGCGCGCCGACCUCGCCGCCGGCCGGCAGCGCGGCGCCGAGCUCGAGGAGGCCUGCCGCGCCAGGGACCAGGUACUUACACACGGCGCCGAGCUCGAGGCGCUGCUCGGGGCCGCGCGCGCCGACCUCGCCGCCGGCCGGCAGCGCGGCGCCGAGCUCGAGGAGGCCUGCCGCGCCAGGGACCAGGUACUUACACACGGCGCCGAGCUCGAGGCGCUGCUCGGGGCCGCGCGCGCCGACCUCGCCGCCGGCCGGCAGCGCGGCGCCGAGCUCGAGGAGGCCUGCCGCGCCAGGGACCAGGUACUUACACACGGCGCCGAGCUCGAGGCGCUGCUCGGGGCCGCGCGCGCCGACCUCGCCGCCGGCCGGCAGCGCGGCGCCGAGCUCGAGGAGGCCUGCCGCGCCAGGGACCAGGAACUCGUUCUACGUUUGGAAGACUGCCGGUCCAAGGAGCGUCGUCUCGAGGAACUUAAACAUAAUCUUGAAGUGUGUCUAGCCGACGCGACACAGCAGAUCCAGGAGUUAAAGGCCCGUCUCGGCGGCAGCGAAGGGCGCUGCCGCGCGCUGGAGGCGUCCUUGGCACAGUGCGAGCACGGCAAGCGCGAGGCCGAGGCCAAGCUGUCGUCCAUCGCGCACACUCUGCGGCGCGUGUGCGGCGUGCAGCCCGACGGCUCCGUGCACGCCGCCGCACGCCGCCGCCUCGCCAGCCCGGCGCGCCGCUACAGCCCGCACCGAGGUCGCGACCACUCCGAAGACCGCAACGAAAUCAUCGACGUGGAUCCCGAGCUCGUCAAGAAGGGCGUGCGCAACCUGAUGCACGAAGUCUGCCAGAUUGAACGGGAGAAGGAUGACUAUAAAACUCAAGUAGCCGCCUUGAAGAAGCAACUCAAAGACGCGAGCGAGCAGCAAGGCAAGGGCGACAACAAGUUGCAGUCGAUUACUUCCAACCUCCGCACAGUGCAGGAAGAGAAGGCUCGCUUGCAGAACAUGCUGGGACAGAAGGACGCGCAGCUUACUGGACUGAAUGAAUCAGUCCAGUCUAAAACUGUGGAGAUCAGCAACCUAAGGGACAAGAUCACGAGCCUAGAAGCCACGCUUAGCUCCGUUACCGAAGAGAAGGUUCAGAACGAGAACAAAGGCGAGAAUUUGCGCGUACAGUUAGCGGAGCGCGUGCAAGAAGUCGGCCAACUGAGGGAGGCGCUGGCAGCGGCUGAAGGGCGCGCGGCGCGGCUGGACGUGCGGCGCGCGCAGCUGGAGGGCGACGUGCAGCGCGCGGCCGUCGCGGCGAGGGACCGCGACCAGGCGCUCAAGAAACUCCAAGAGCGCUGUGAAGGUUACGCUCGCACCAUAGCCUCACUAGAAGACCGAUGCACUUCACUGAAGGGCACGGUCGAGCAGCUGUCCACGUCGCUUCAAAAGGCCGCCUCUGCCGAGAGCGAGCUCAGAGCGGAGCUGAGCAAGACUCAGCGCAUGCUCAACGAGGCAAAAAACAACGAGCAGAAUGCGGUGGACAAAUUGAGACAGAUUCAGAAGAACAUCGCCAAUUGCGAGAACGAGCGACGCGUACUGAGCGAGAAGUUAGAAAGCGCGAAGUCAGCGCUAAGCGAGCUAAAGAGAUUGAACUGCACACUGGAGGAUCAAGUGCACAGGCUUACGACGCAACUAGCCAACGUGGAAGUGCAAAGGUCAGGCUUGGAGUCGCAGCUACGUAUGACGACUUGGGACGGAAAGGACAGCGCCGACAGCGAGCUCGAGCGAGAACUGCACGCGUUGCAGCGCGAGCGUAACGAACUGAAGGCCAAGAACGAUGCUCUCCAAGAGACAGUCCGUAAGGUGGAGGCAGAUCGCCGCCUGAACAGGACUUCGGCACUUCGCAGCAAGAGCCACGACAGGACCGAGAAGACUGUCUACUACUCGGAUUUGGACUCCGGUCCCGAUUCAACUAAAGACUCGAUGCGCUACAGGGACUCUAAUCUGAGCGCGGGAUGCAACGACAAGAGUUUCCGCGCCGACUUAACCUUGCUGGAGCUUGAGAACAGAGAGCUCAAGAUGAAGAUUCGGCGCAUGGAGAAGGAGCUUGCUGAUAAGGAGGCAGAACUGAAAUUGGCGCGAACUCGCUACCUCAGUGACCUGUCCACGGCAUCGCCGCACCGGCGCGAAGAUAUCGAUCACUACCGACAGGCUGCCCUGCAAGCCGAGCGCCUCCUGGAAGCGAGGGAGGCCAGUCACCGGCAGCAGAUCAUCAGGCUCGAGAACCAGGCAUCUCAGUUGCGCAGCCAGCUGUCGGCGGAGAUUCGGCGGCGGCAAAGCUACGUGGCGCGCAGCGGGCGCGCCGCUCGCGACGUGCAGCGUCUCCGCUCCGCGCUUGGCGAUUCGCUGCGGACUGUUUCGCAGGACCCGGCGCUGGACUCGUACACGCUGGAGCACGAGGCGCGCAAGCUCGACAGCACGCUCGCGCACAGCCUCCCGCCGCUCAACGACAGUUACGACAGCUCCAAAUAAAAUCAUAGCUCUACCACCAGCCUAUUUCACUAAGAGAUCCUGCUCUAGAUUGGCCACAACUCUCGCUGAUCUCACAACACGUUCACUGUCUCCAUACAAAGUGAUAUGACAACGUCACACGUCCAAGUCUGCUUCCACUUUGUCUUCAUAAGAACCCAUAGUGAAAGCGCGGAUUCCUGAAAAAAGCGGGCACCCGGACAGGGAACAUGUUAACAUUUGUUGUUACGAAUCUAGGGGUCCAUGCGCUGUGCUAGCGGAGCGGCCGAAUGUUCCGAGGUGAAUAACUACAUAGUUCUCGUGCUUUUCCCUUUAGUGGACAACAUUAACAUAUUUGCAAUUAUGCGUAAAAUAUAAACGCAUUUAUACCAAAAAAAUUACUAAUAAGUAAUAUAUUUGUCCAAUCACUAAAGGGAACUCUGAAUAUGAGUUUCAUGACACGCUGUCGAUCGCUAUUUGACGAGUAUAACGCGUGCUCCGAGGUGCUGGAUGUUUUUCAUUAUGUUUACUAGUAUAUUUGAUUCUAGAUUUGGAAAAUAAUGUAUACACAGUAUUAAAACGUAUCUUUUGCAUUGUUAAAUUUAAUAUCAUUGUUUACGAUUAAGAAUUGUU